CGUUUCGUCACUUCACUCGUUGUCGCCCCUUACCGCUUCUCACUUGCCGUUAAGCCAAAGCGAGCGGCUCCUCUCUCGCUCUCUCUCCCCCUCAGGGCUUCUUCCCCUCUCUUUCCCCCGCCCCGAAAUGCCCCCGAAGAAACAGCCCGCGCCAGCGGCAGCGGGGAAUAAAAAAGCGGAUCAGAAGAAGAAGGAGAAGAUAAUUGAGGAUAAAACGUUCGGCUUAAAGAAUAAGAAAGGAGCAAAACAACAAAAGUUUAUCAAGGCAGUGACCCACCAAGUCAAAUUUGGUCAACAAAACCCACGGCAGGCUGCUCAAACAGAUGCUGACAAAAAAGGAAAGAAAGACGAUAAGAAGAAAGAAUUGCAAGAAUUGAAUGAGCUUUUCAAACCUGUAGUUGCAGCCCAAAAAAUAAGCAAAGGAGCGGAUCCAAAAUCAGUAGUCUGUGCCUUUUUCAAGCAAGGGCAGUGCACAAAAGGAGACAAGUGCAAAUUCUCUCAUGACUUGUCUUUAGAGAGGAAGUGUGAAAAGAGAAGUGUCUACAUUGAUGCACGAGAUGAGGAGCUUGAAAAAGAUACAAUGGAUAACUGGGAUGAAAAAAAGCUGGAGGAGGUAGUGAACAAGAAGCAUGGGGAGGCUGAAAAGAAAAAACCUAAAACACAAAUCGUGUGCAAGUAUUUCCUUGAUGCUAUUGAAAACAAUAAAUACGGCUGGUUUUGGGUCUGUCCCGGUGGAGGUGACAAUUGCAUGUACCGCCAUGCACUUCCUCCUGGCUUUGUGCUCAAAAAAGACAAAAAGAAAGAAGAAAAAGAAGAAGAGAUUUCUUUGGAAGAUCUAAUAGAAAAAGAGCGUUCUGCCUUAGGACCAAAUGUUACUAAAAUUACUUUAGAGUCUUUUCUUGCAUGGAAGAAAAGAAAAAGACAAGAAAAAAUUAAUAAGGCUGAGCAAGAUAUGGAAAGAAGGAAAGCAGACUUUAAAGCUGGUAAAGCAUUGGUGAUCAGCGGGCGUGAAGUGUUUGAGUUCCGUCCAGAACUAGUUGAUGCAGAUGAUGAAGAAGCAGAUGACACCCAUUAUAUUCAAGGGACAGAAGAUGAUGAGGUUAAUGAACUUGUUGAUGUAAAUGAUAUCGACUUGAAUCUUUAUGUUCCAAAAGCUGUGGAUGAGACUGGAAUUACUGUAGCUAGUCUGGAACGAUUUAGCACAUACGCUUCCGCUGAGAAGGAUGACAACAAGUUAAGUGAAGCUUCAGGGGGUGGACUUGAAAACGGAGAGCAAAGUGAUUUAGAUUCUGACAGUGACAUGGAAGGCAACCCAGAAAACGGUGUAAUUGAUGCUGUACCUGUUGAUGAAAAUCUAUUUACUGGCGAGGACUUGGAAGAACUAGAAGAAGAACUAAACACACUUGAUUUAGAAGAAUGAACAAGAAAAUCAAACAUUGUCUUCAACUGGUUUAUCUAAAAUUCUUAAAUGGAGUAUUCUUGGUUCCUCAUGUGAUUCUGGAAAGAACGUUAAAGCAGAAACAUUUCGCCAAUUUUUCUGAAUCAGUCUUAACCAGUUUCAUAAUAAACUAUUCAUGUAAUACACUGAAAAGAUUCCUUUAAUAUGCAGGGAUAUUGUAAUGAAAUCAAAAAUAGAAGACUAAUUUUCCACAGAAUAUAAAGUUGAAUGUUGCUGUCAGGUCCUUGAGGAGAUCAAAGCACAACUGCAUCUAUGUUAAGUGUGUUUGAAUGAUUUAAGUUUAAGAUAUAUUGUAUAAUGAUAACAGAUUGAAAUGGCUGUUCUCUGUGCUGAAAUUGAUCAGAAAGUUUAAAGCAAAUAUUGCUCAUGGUGGAGACUCAUGAAGUGACACACUAGUAUGGGGCUCUAUUUUCCAUAUUAAACAUAACUGACUGACAAAAGUGUAAAAUAAAGGCUAUCUGGUUGAAAAUAUUGAUCCCAGUAUACAUGCAUGUUUUGCAGGGAACAGUAGAUUUGAACAAAAGCAGUUUUGCAGAUGGAUGCAGUUUAUGCCAUAAUCUCGAGGUAGUGAUUCUGAAUGCAAAUGCAUAUUCCUUCCUUUUGUUGAUCCAAAAACCAAACCAAAAAUCCACAACUUUAUUCUUGUAUCAAUAUCUACUGUAAAUUUUGUGAUAGCUUAGAUUUCUGCUUUGAAUCAUCUGUUUUAGUGGAAGACUCUAGCAUUCUUUAUUAUCUAGAAGUAAAGUAAAAACAAGUUGCACAUAAUUGAAAAAUGAGUUACUGUAUUACAGUGGCAUUCAGAUAAAAAUGUAUGAGCCAGGUGGAUUAACAUUAAAUAUUUGCUUUGCAUUUUGUUUUGACAUUAAGAAGCUAUCCUAACAUUUGAUUGCAAAGCAAUGAUGUAAGAAGGGUUGUCUGACUAAUGUGAGCUUUGAUGUGUCUUAGAAAUCAGGCUUUUGUAUUCAUUUCAAAAGUGUUGUUUGUGUCUAGCUUGAAAUCAACAGCCUAUGUACAAAUCCAAGAACUUAUUAUUUGCAAAGAGGAUUAUGAUCACUGGGAAUUAAAAAUAAUUUCAUUGCCUGAUCUAGCUGGUAAAAGGCAACUCCUUGCCCCAUAUCCAGAGAAGUGUGUACUAUCUUUUUCAUGUAAAUUGAUAUUUGAAUGUAAAAUAGAAGGUUGUAGAUUAGUAAAUCAAAUCUUCCUGGAAUUCUACUGGUUUCCAAUUGGAUUAAGGAAAGAAAACUGAUACAAUGUAUAGUGAAAUGGCUCUUCAAGAUUGCCAUUAUUUUUAUACUUAAUGUAUAAAUUAUACAUAAAUCCAAA